GCCCCCCCUACCCGUUCUCUGCCCCUGCCACGAUUUGCGAUACAGAUCGCGGCCGCGGUGACCAGCAGAAAUCGGUAUCCGAAGCGGGCGAGCCAAACCAACGCAAACCCCAAAUCUCCAAUCCGAGCUGCCCUCUUCCCCUGAGAUGGCGGCGGUCUGGAUGGCGUUGGCGGUGAUGCUGGUCGCUGCUGCUCAGGUGGCGGUGGCUGCCCCGGUGACGGCGCCGGCCUUCCUCUGGGCGCCCAAGAACUACGGACUCAGUCCCAAUGAGGCUAAAGAAGUAGUCCACUAUCAGACAAUCUCCCCAAAGAGCUUAGCUGAUUCUGUUCUCGAGGAAGGUGGUUGGUCAAAUUUGGUGUGUUCAAAGGAUGGUCCUCAAAAGAAUGUUGAUGUUGCAGUUAUUUUUCUCGGAUCAAAGCUACAAUCAUCAGACAUCUCUAAAGAUAAACAAGUCGAUCCAGCUUUAGCGGACAUUCUAAAGCUAUCCUUCUCAAGCUCCGAGUUUUCCAUGGCAUUCCCUUAUGUUGCCAUGUCAGACGACGAAGCAUUAGAGAACUCAUUGCUAUCUGGAUUUACUGAGAAUUGUGAGGAUGGUUCCGGAGGAAAUCAUAUCACGUACACAGACACGUGUGCUGCAAGCAGUGAAAGUAUGAAGAAACAUCUGAACAUGGAUUCCAUUCAAGACUUGCUGAAGUCACGGAUGGGAAACAACCCAAGUGGACCAACUGAGCUAAUCGUCUUCUGCACCGGUGGUUUCAAGGAUAAUGCAAAAUCAGAAGGGCAGUUGCUUUUGGAUCUGGUUUCUGUUCUUGACAAGUCUGGGGCUAAAUACACAGUUCUUUACGCUUCUCAGCCGUAUGGUUUGCUGGAGAAUCCUUCGGACCUGCCAUUAGCCAGGUAUCUUGCAGAGAAGACCAACGCAACUAAACCUGUCCUAGAGAAAUGCGAUGGAGAGUGCCAAUUAAAAUCUACUCUCCUGGAAGGAGUUUUUGUGGGUGUAGUGCUGCUUAUCAUCUUGAUAUCAGGACUCUGCUGCAUGAUGGGGAUCGAUACCCCGUCAAGGUUUGAGGCUCCCCAGGAUUAAUCUUGGUCUGAUUUUGAAGCAAACCCGAUCGUGGAUGGCCAGUGGUUGUUACCAUGCGCAGUGGAUAUAGAUAGCUUCCUCUUGAAAGGUGCCUUGCUUGUGUAUUUUUCUAAGCCAAACUUCUGUCUAGUGACCAAUUUUUUGGUGUAUUAUUGCAUUCCAAACCCACGGAGAUCUGAGCCUUUGCAAACUACACUACAUGCGCGAGGCUUAUGUUGUACUAUCAAACCAGAAUUGUUUCCAGUUUUCUCUGUGAAUAGCCUGGGAUUCAGGAAGCCAAUAAGAUGAUGGCACUGUCCAUCCAAUAAAUUCUUGUUAUUUUUUUUA